AGAGCGACCAUUCCCUACUCGAAUGCUCCGCUGCCUUGGCGGAUAGAGCGGCCCUCCCCAGCUCGAAUGCCUGGAGGCUUCGCGGCUAGAGUAGCCCGCCUAGAACGCCUGCUUGCGGCUAGAGCGUCCCUUCGGCCCGGAGCCGCGUGUGACCUUCCCUCCCGCGGAGAGAUGCUACCGGCGGCUGCUUGCCGCCUGUGGGGCCCGCAUCUCGGGCUCCGGGGCGCUGCACUUUGCCUCGUCAGGCAGCAGGUGCCAGGUGUCUGUGCUGCGCGGCAGCUGAGGAGCAGCAGCCAUCGAAGGGGUGAGGCACUUGCGAGCGCACCCCUGGAUAAUGCCCCCAAGGAAUACCCCCCCAAGAUCCAACAGCUGGUCCAGGACAUCGCCAGCCUUACCCUCCUGGAGAUCUCAGACCUCAAUGAACUCCUGAAGAAAACGUUGAAGAUCCAGGAUGUUGGCCUCAUGUCAAUGGGUAGCAUGAUGCCUGGUGCCGUUCCUGCUGCAGCAGCCCCCGAGGCGGCAGAGGAAGAGGACCUGCCCAAACAGAAAGAACAGACACAUUUUACUGUGCGCCUGACAGAGGCAAACCCUGUGGACAAAGUGAAGUUGAUCAAGGAGAUCAAGAACUACAUCCAGGGCAUCAACCUCGUCCAGGCAAAGAAGCUGGUGGAGUCCCUACCCCAGGAAAUCAAAGCCAACGUCGCCAAAGCCGAGGCUGAGAAGAUCAAGGCGGCCCUGGAAGCAGUGGGCGGCACUGUGGUUCUAGAGUAGCCCCCUGAUUUGAGGACUUAUGGACUGGAGUCCGUGGGACCUGGGUGAGGCCCUGCCCACCCACAUCGGCCCACUCCACUCCCAGCACCAGGCUCCCAAACAGGGAGUUGGAGGGCUGGGGUGACUGGCGCUAGUGGCCAAGUCUGUCUGGGAGGGGCAGGAUGGCCCUGCUCUGAUGGGGAGAGAGGGCAGCCACAGCUUCAGGCCCCUCCAGAGCUCGCCAAUCAGUGCCGCUCCUCUCGUCACUGCUGAGGAAAAUACACUGUUGAGACUGGUG